CUACCAAAGGUAAUCUGGCUACAUUUCCAGUCGGUGGGGUGGCACUCAGACUUUCUAUCCACCUAUUGCCCCCAAACGCGCAAGCUCAGGCCCUCCGAAACUUGUUUGACAAGCUGAACAAAGCGUCGCCGGCCGAGCUGGCCGCGCAAACCAUCUUCUAGCAAGCAAAUAAAGGCAACGCUGACCAAGCUGAGGACUGGCUGCGUGACGACUGUGGCAGCGCUCAGACGAAGGUGCGGACAAAAUGGCGUCCGACCUGGCCAACAUCUUUAAUGACGAGGAAGCCGGCUCAGACCGCGCGAACAGCAUCACCAGCAGCGACCUGGACCCGUUCCUGCUGCAAGGCGACGAUCAAACAUGGGCCGUCGAGGACUGGAACUGGGACCCUUUCAACAUGUUCGCGGCGCCAAAGGAGACGCCUAACGUGGCCUGCUGCCAGGCGCUGAAGCGCCGGAAAGUCACGGAGCAGUCUGCAACUUCGGCGCCGCAGCAGGCAGCACAGCAGCACCACCAGCACGCUGCCUGCCAGCCCUGCCAUGGUGCAAGCGGCAGCCGUGCGGGUCCGCCUGCCGCCCCCACCGCCGCCUGCUGCAGCAUGGCGCCUGGUGUGCAGCAGCACGCUCCCGCGCCCGCCCCUGCUCAGCAGCUGACGGGCCCCCUGCAAACGGCAUUGAACAGCAUGAUGCCGGGCCAGCAGCAGCAGCGCGUGGCAGACGCCUGCGGCGUCAGCAACAUGUGCCACGCGCCUGGCAUGGUGGCUCCCCCGCCGCCUAUGCCCGUGGCCGCCCCGUUGGCGGCCACUGGGCAUCAGGCGGGCGGUAUGGGCAUGGGACACAUGAACCCAGCCAUGGGUCACAUGGGCUGGCCGGCCAUGCCCGACAUGUCCAACCCUGCCGCUGCCGCCGCCGCGGCCGCCGCCGCGGCCUCCUUCUUCCCCACCAUGGGUGCGGGUGGCCGCGGCCCGCUUGCGACCAUGGGCUGGGGCGCGCAGCCGAUGGCGCUGCAGAUGCCGAGCAUGGGGCUUCCGGGCUUCCCCGGCGGCCACACGCAGUGCGCGCCGGCGCUGCAGAUGCCCGCGGUGGCCUUCCCCACGCCCAGCUCGGGCAUCUUCCACCAGCAGGCCAGCAUGGCGGUGCCGCCCUCGGCUUUGCCCUCGCCUGCGCUGGGCUGCUCCGGCGACACCACCUCGCUGCAGGGUAGCGCUGACAACUGCGCCAAGCCGCCCUGCUGCAGCGGCAACCGUGCCACCGGCCCCACCUGCAGCGGCGGUCGCCAGCAGGCGGACAGCUCCAACAAGGCGGCCCCACCGCCGCCCAAGCAGCCGGCGCAAAACACCGUCGGCGCGCGCGGCGGCGCUGCCGCGCCCGCCCCUGGCGACCUGUCUGACUUCAACAUCAGUGACAGCGAGGACGACGACGAGGUGGCCCGCCGCCCCAGCGCGGCCGGCACCCAGCGCGGCGGCGUUGGCAACGCCGCGGCCCUGAACGCCGCGGCCUACGCCAACCUGGGCGACAUUGUGUCGCUGCAGGACGUGGGUGACGACACCGGCGCCAUGGUGUGCCAGGUGCCCGGCUGCGGCAAGGACCUGACCAAUCUGAAGGAGUACCACCAGCGCUACCGCAUCUGCGACGUGCACAUCAAGCUGCAGCAGGUGCUCAAGGACGGCCGCCUGCAGCGCUUCUGCCAGCAGUGUGGCCGUUUCCACGACCUGACCGCCUUCGACGGCAACCGCAAGAGCUGCCGCGACCAGCUGUCCAAGCACAACGCCCGCCGCCGCCGGCGCGCGCAGGCGGAGCAGGCCAAGGGCCGCGCUGCGGCGCAGGAGGCCGCGGUCGCGGCCGCCGGUGCCAUGGCCGCUGCUGCGGCCGUGGGCGGUGCUGCGGGCGGCGCCCCCGCCGUGCCUGGGUUUGAGGGCGGCGAUGUCGGCAAGCUGCUGGCGUGCCUGAUGCAGAACCCCACUCAGCUGCACGCGCUGCGCCUGCUUCUGGGCGUGCCUACCCACCCGGCGCUGCCGGCUGCCGCGCCGGCUGCGGGUCUGGGCAUGGCCGCCGGCGGCGACACCGCGGCGCAGCCGGACCAGGCGCGCACGUAUGGCUUGGCGCGCGACAUCCUGGCCGGCCGCAACGAGUUCUCUCCGGCAUUCGAGAGCGAGCACCGCAUGAUCCGCCUGUCCAUGAAGCUGUUCAACAAAACUCCGGCGGACCUGCCGCACGACCUGCGCAACCAGGUGACCAGCUGGCUGGCCUCCGCGCCGCUGGCCAUGGAGGCAUCCAUCCGGCCCGGCUGCGUGUUCCUCACCGUGCAGAUGCUGGUGGACGAGGCCGGCGCCCAGCAGGCCGCUGCGCCCGGCGCCCUGCACGGCCUGGUGGAGCACCUGCUCACCCGCACCGGCUGCCCCUUCUGGCACAUGGGCAUGUACACGGUCCAGAUGGGCACCGACAUGCUGCUGGUGCGCGACGGCAAGAUGGCGGGCGACGCCAACGUUAAUGCCUCCGGCGCAGCCGCGCCAGCGGCAACGGGCGAGGGCGCCGAGGCGGCCGCGCGGGUGCGCGGCGACGGGCGCUUCCCGGUGGUGCGCCGCCUGGGCCCGCUGGCGGCGGUGGCUGGCCAGCCCACGGUGCUCAAGCUGCACGGCCUGAACCUGGAUGCGCCCGGCUGCAGCGUCAUCCUGCGCUGGGGCAACAAGCACCUCAAGGCGCACAUGCAGGCGCUGUCCACGCACCGCGCCAUCGUGCGCCUGCCGCCGCUGCCGGACCUGUGCGGCCCGGUGUGGGUGGAGGUGGCGCGCGGCGCGUACUUGAGCCCCGCCAAGCAGCUGCUGGUGGCGCGCAACGAGGAGCUGGUGCAGGAGAUCAACAAGCUGGACGUGAAGACCGGCCCGCUGCGCCAUGACACGGUGGAGCUGCUGCUGCAAGACCUGGCGCUGGUGCUGCAGCACAUCGCCGCCCAGCCCGGCGUGGCGGCGCAACUGCAGCACGCCGUCAUCGCGCUCAAGGCGCGCCGCCUGCUGGCCAUGGCUUGCGACAUGGGCUGGGCCGCCGUGGCCUCGGCCGUGCUGCCGCUGGCGUGCGCGCGCUGCUCCUGCGCGUCGGAGAUGGUGGCCGCCAUCCACUCGGCCAGCACGCCCUCGCAGACCGGCGCCGCAGACAAGCGCGGACUGACGCUGCUGCACCGCGCGGUGCGCAGCGGCAGCGUCUCGCUGCUGGCGGGCAUGCUGGCGUGGGGCGACAGCCACGGCUACCGCUGGCGCGUGGACGCCGAGGGCCCGGCCGGCAUCACGCCGCUGCACCUGAGCGCCAUGCUGGACGACGCCCGCAUCGGGCUGCUGCUGCUGGACCACUGCGGCUGGCCCGCCGCCUUCACGCACCUGCGCAGCGACGGCGGCGUCACGCCCUUCCACCUGGCCUUCCAGAUGGGCCACUACCAGGUGGACGCGCUCAUGUCGGCGCUGGGUGGCCUGCACCAGGUGGCCGACCCCAACAACGCCGCCGCCAUCAACAACGCCGCCGCCGCCGCCGCCGCUGCGAUGUCGCCCAGCCGCCGCAGCCGCUGCGGCAACGCGGCUGCCAUGGGCUGCAAGCCCGACCCGGAUGAGGACGUCAAGCCGGACCUGGCCGCGCUGCAGCGCGGCGGCCGCAACGGCGGCGGCGGCUCUGGCGGCUGCACGGAACUGGACCCGUGUGAGAACUGCCACUGCACGCUGCCGCCGCUCUUGCUGUCCAUCAUGGCGUCGUGCACCGACUGCGGCCGCCGCCGCAUGUGCAUGGAGACCGAGUGCAACAACGCGGCGCAGCGCUGCGGCGACUGCGGCUGCGGCGGCGCGCGGCCCACGGCGCGCGUGGACUCCGGCGAGGUGUGCAGCUCGCGCCAGCACGGCACCAUCUUCUCCAUCACCGCGCUGUGCCAGGGCUGCCACGCCAACCGCACUCUGGCGGUGGCUUAACGCUGCUUGUCAGCCGGCGGUGAGAGCGCCUUGCCGCACGCGGCAGGCGGCGGCGAGGUUCCAAUCCGCACUAAGGGGCACCGAGGCAUGGGGCGUGGGUCUACGUCAGGCAGACAUUUUCAAUCUUGCUCGUGGCUUCGGCACCUAGCCUUGCAUUGGCGGAAAACGUCCUGGUGGCUGCAAGAGAGAGUCCCGCGUGGGCCGCAUGUAUUGUGUUAGUGAGAGGUCCGUGCUGCUAGUCAGGGUUAGUCGCGACCGGCGGCUGCCUCGCAGCAUGUCCAGGGCCAGGCUGCGCACGGGAGAGGAGCAAGCCUUGGCUGAGACCCUGCCACAUCAUACAGCUCGGGACGGGGAUGGCAUUGAGCGAUGAGUGCGAGGUCAUGAAGCUUUGUCGUAGUGUGUUCACUCCCCGCUGGGCAUGUACAGCUUCUGCUGGGUUGUAGGGAGCCGGCAACGGUCGUGGGCGGCCAGGCCGGCUUAGCUUGUAAAAGGCCUUCGACCUGCGGGUUUUUGACAUAUGAUUGGGUUUUUUGUUGGUGCCCGGCCAGUACCCAGGCCUUCUACCCUUCGUCACAACUAUGGUAUACGGGAUCCUGGGUUCUUGGCUCGAGUUAUCGUAUUGUGCAAGUGCGUCGGUUUGCUCGUGAGGGUUGGCUGCGGGGAAAGAGCGGGUCCGCAUAGACUAAUGACGCGUGAAGUUCUGACUGAUACUGCCUGGAGAAGAUAUUGGCUGGAGAAAAUCGAGAGGAAGGCAAGCGCGCUCGAUGGUAACUGCAGAGCGAAGUUGAGUGUGUUAUGACUCGGCAUCGUCUGGCUAAGCUUGGCGGCAUCAUCUGCCAAGGCCCUUCAACGUUACGCCUAUGCAUUAUUAUGCUGGGGACACGUAUGCAGAAGCCAUACGUUAAGCCAGGGGGGGUGGAGGUUGUUGAUGAGGCUGGCAGCGCUGCCCCCGGGUGUGGAGGACUGCACGCUGGGCCGGCUUGUGCUUGGUUUGGGGUCCGUGCGCCAGCAGCAACAGCAGCAGGAGCGUGAUUCUGCAGCAUGUCAGGUGUUACGUUGUGUAUGGUCGCUGGGGCGAUUGGACACGUGGCGGGUACAGCAAGUGUAGCAGAGGGUGGGUCGCCUCUGUCUGUCGUCCUGUUGCGAGGGCGGACACAAGUGCGGGCAAGGAGGCGUUCGGUGAAAUAUCAUAUUUUAGCAUUCAAGCACCAGGCUCCUUCCCAACGGCCAGGGUGCACCGCCAUAGCGCCACUGCGGGCGACAGUGCCAAUGCGGCAAUUGAUUAUGUGGGACCCACUUCACGCGGUGGGACUGUUCGGUCUGAAGGUUUGAGACAUACCGCGCAUCUGGCACGUGGGGUGGGUAGUAUGGACUGGGCAGGGUAGUAUGGCUGCGCCGGUUUGGCAGCAUUCAGCAUUGUGCGCUGCCGCAUACGAUCUCAACGCGAGUUGAUGCUGUCUUGGACUCGUUAGUGUGCUGGGACCUGUGCGCCAAAGCGGGUCAAACGCAUUCUUUAUCCUACUUUGCGGAGAAUAUGGUGUAAGCGCGGUUGACCCAUGGCGUGGCUGUUGAAGCAGUUGCGGCCACUGGGCGCCACAUUACUAUGGCUGAGUUUCAAUGCGUGUUUGUUGUUUCAGGCGGGCUUGGUGUGGAGUGUGGACCUCCCGGCGACAGGUUGAAGAUCCUGACGCCGGUUGGGGAAAGCAGGAGGUUGAAUAAGGUGCCCCGCCAGCAGCCACCUCCUUGUUUGCUGUUUAGCGUGAUAUACUCUGGACUGUCUGGAGUCGUGUCUCUCCAUCACACCUGGCACGUGCUUCAGUGCUUUGUCUGGACUUGGUUGUCUCUUUAUCCACAUCAAUGUGCUUGCAUUUCCAGUCCGCUGCGAAGGGGCAGCUGGCAGCCGGGCAGCGGGGCGCCGAUAGCUGGAGCCGGUGCUGCCGCCCAGGCCAGUGGUGCGCCAUGCGGGUCUAGCAACGACCGUGUACUGGUGGUGCGUACCCUGAAUUAGGCUCAGGGGCACCCCUGAUUGGGCUAAUACUGUAAUAAAUUACAGCA